AUGUUCUGCGAUGCUGCCAAACCACCAAGGAUGAAAAUGAAGAGCAGCGAUAACAAAGAAUCUGCACGCGUGCCGCAGCUUGUGCUAAGAUACGUUGACCCCACUGCCUUAGAACGCGGUGCAAAGGCUCUCAAAGAAUUAGACAGCAGCCCCAAUGCAGCGCGGGCUUUCGAGGUGAUAAAACUGCAGGAGAUGACGAAGCAGAAAGAACUCCAAAAAGAAAUGGAACAGAUUGCUGCUGCUCGGGCUCAAGCCCAAACAGAGAGAACACGAACAGAAGGAGAAGAGAGAAGAAAGACAAUCGAUCACCAGCAGGAGCAGGAGAGGGUUACCGCGCAGUAUAAAGCAAAACUCGAGGCGUAG